AUGCGCCAGCGAUUGGACGAACUAGAGAAUCAGGUCAGUUGGCUCACUUCAUUCGCCAAAAACCUCGAACAAGAUUAUCGAGCAACAGUACCCCGAUCACAAACACAAGCAUACCCGCAUUCUUGUGUGGUACAGAAACCUAUGAUGGAUGCUUCUGACGAGCUCACAGUUGCUUGUCGACAGGAGACAGAUGGUCCUAGCGUGUAUGACUGGGCUAUUGAAACAGGUUGGCCUGUAAUUGAAAAUGCAGAUGGAAUGAAGUCUAUAUUCACCAAGAUCACAAGUUUUGAAGACCUCAAUAAAGCGCUUAGAACUGCAGUAGAGGCAAUUUAUAACACAAAAGGGAAUCCACUUUAUUAUCAGCCCUCAGCAAAGCAAUUCGAUCUGCCAAGUCCAAUCAAUCAAACAAUCCCAAACAAACGUCUAUCAAUCACUGGAAAUGAAACUGACAGUGGGAAAGAACAUACGUUUACGCUUUUUGAAAGCUUGAACCGAUAUACAACUGCAGCAUCUGGCACGAAAAAUUCUGUAGAUGGAAUGGGAAACAACUUCGAUGAUCAUUAUUUAGAGACAGAUGUUAUGGCCCGUCUUAUUUAUCAACAUCAUCAAUGCGGUUUUCCAAUACUUGUCAGUCCUUCACGGUUCGAAAAUCAUUAUCGUCAAGGCCAAUUGAAAUCUCUUGUUUUAUCCUCUGUAUUCUCACAUGCUGUACCUCACGCUUGCAUCUACCAUCCUCACCUUGCACAGAUUCAGCAAUUCCGCGAACUUGGUAACCGGUUCUACAACCAUUCACAUGACUUACUAGGCAUUGAUGAGCCUGCUAAUCUAUCGAAUAUUCACCAGCGCACAUUGCUUAUUACUUAUGAUUUGGAUCUAGGUAGAGUUAGACGUGCCUUUCUACAUAUUGGAAUUGCUAUUCGGAUGUGUUUUAUGCUAAAUCUACAUCGCCCCGAGGGUUAUGUAUCAUGUAAAUCAGCUUUUGAAAGAGAGCAAUCAAAAAGAGUAUUUUGGACAGUAUGGUUUUUUGAUAGUAUGGUCUCACACUUAUUUCACGAUCAGUUCUCAGCCAUUAAACUUAACCAGAUCUCAAUUGAAUUACCAACACCCUUGCCUGAAUUCAAUCAACUGGAAAUGGAUCAAACUAAUUUUGCUAUUCAUUUGAUUCAGGUUCGAAAGAUAGCAGCUAUCCUUUCUGAAGAGUCACGCAAACUGAAACCCCGUCCAUUAGUGAAACGACUGAAAGAAAAACUAAAGCGUUUUUAUCGAACGUUGCCUGAAACAGAACGAUUUGGUCAAAUAAAUCAAAUCACUUUCUCGCCUGGUACUUCUGUUUGGAUUAGGCGCUCGUAUUUUUGUGUCUUGUUAGAUUAUUGCCAAUGCUGGAUUACAAUGUAUAGAGGACUGUUACCGUCUGCUAAUCAUUUAGGUGACAAACCUUUGACUGAAGACGAACAAGAAGCUAUCUUGCAUACAUCCCAAGCAGCUAUUGCUAUUGUACAGUUAUUUCAAGCGUGGUUUCGCUGUUCUGAACAAUCUGGGGAUGGAUUUGAUUGCUUUUUUAGGCCCUAUUUGUACCAUUUUAUGAGCGCAAAAAACAUUUUCACUUCUAAUGUAUCACAAUUUGGAAGAUCCUCCCCAUUGGUUAAUACUAGCCGUGCUUAUCUUGUCUUAUUAUUGCGUUUGUAUCAGACAACUCCAACACGAAGAUCGUUUGAUGAAAGUCAAUUAGAGAAGUCCUUUGUUCAUUUCAUGACAACUUAUCAAAUUGGCGAAAACGAAGUAGCUUAUCAAGACAUAAUUAAUGAGGCGCUUAUGGAUGAACCAAAUGCAGAUAGUGGAUGGAGCAUUUUCUCGCUUCAUUCAGAUCCUAUAGCUAAAGAAAAGCUAGAAAAAGAUGACUAUCUAACAGCACCUCCUAUACCAGAUGGCGUGGCUUCUAAAUGCUCUUCUAAUUCGUCUAUUAUGAGCGAGCCAUGCACAACAUCAGAUGUAAAUUUUGAUUAUUUUUAA